UGUACUUUAUAAACACAAACUAUCUCCACUGAACAAAAGUUAAUUUGUACUCAUUUUGGACUAAAACUGGUGGGAGAUGUCUGGUGAAAGAGCUCUACUGCCUAGGAUGAAGUAUGCCAGGCAAGAAAAUGAAUACGAUGUACCAGUGCAACCUGCUGACCUGAGGAUGGUGCUGGUGGGGAAGACUGGAUCAGGGAAGAGUGCAGCAGGAAACACCAUCCUGGGAAGAGAAAGCUUUAAAUCGAGGCCGUCAUCUGAAUCUGUGACGAAAGAGUGUCAGAUAGAUGAGGUCAUGUCAGGGGAAAAGACCAUCUCAGUUACUGACACACCCGGUGUGUAUGACACAUACUUAGGUGUGGAGGCUUUGAGGCGUGAGUUGGAAAACUAUAUUUACAUGACAACUCCUGGACCUCAUGUGUUCCUGCUAGUGAUCAGAGUUGGGGUUAGAUACAACAAGGAAGAGAAGAAUGCAGUGCAGUGGAUCUGUGAUAAUUUUGGCAAGGAUACUUUACAUUACGCAAUCAUACUCUUCACCCACACUGAUGAGCUGAAAGAUAUGACCUUAGAGCAAUAUGUGGAUGAAAGUGACGAUCUAAUGAAGCUCAUUAGUGACUGUGGGGGCAGAUAUCAUGGGUUUAACAAUACAGACACCAACAGAACUCAGGUCACUGGUCUCCUGCAGAAAGUUAAUGCCAUGGCCAAAGGUCUGCGCUCUGUAUAA